CCGCGGCACGACCCUUGUGGGAUGGAAGCGAUGAAAAUAGGGCGCCUUAGAUCUACUCUAAUUCAAGUCCGCCCCACCUCCCACUGUUGUCGCUCAGCCAUGCGGAGCGCACUGCCUACCUGAAUACAUGUGCUGCGGGUAUAAAUACCAACGGAAUACCUUUCGAUCAUUCUUUUCACUGCUCAAACAACGCGCAAGGAAAAUAAAAGCCUUUACAGGGCCCUCGACUCUUCGUUCUUGAAUCAUCCAACCAACCAACCCACCACAAUGUUUCUCGUCUCCAUCCUCCUCAUCUCCAUGACCGCAACCGCCCUCCCAGUUCCCCAAACACAACCAACAAAGCCACUUCUCCCAGCAGACUGGGGUAUCGAUGUCGACGACAUCAACAUCAUCACCGGUGGCAACCCCGGCGCCCAAACAGUCGGCCAGAACUGCUCCGGCGAUAGCUUUACACUAUGCCAUGAACUCUGCCAUGUGGUCCAGCAGCAAAACGGCCCCGCGCAGUAUGCGGACUGCAUGAACCAGUGCGUCGUUUCAAAUGCCGCUGCUGCGGAGGAAUGUCAGGCUGCGGGGAUUGCGGAGAUGAUUGGGGACCCGAGUGGGCCGACGACGGGGUCAGGGCCUAGCACCUCUGCUUCGCCAUGAAGAGUUUGAUCAGUUUAUGAUAGCGUGGGGGAGGAGGGUAGUCGCUGGGAGAUAGAUGUGCGAGAAGGGACUGUGAGGUUUCGGUCUAUCAGAACACAUUGAAGGCUUAUUUUCUUUUUGGGUCAGUGGAAGAAUCUUCGUUUUGUUAAAUGAGCGGUAGCUAGUUUCCCGAUUCGUAGAUUAGAAAAAUUCACAUAUACAAUGUGAGUGGGUAUAUGCGCUUUGAUCGAUACAAUAUGCGAGUGGGC